GCCGCAGCUCUCGAGUACAGUUUGGAAGAGGAGUCAUGUCAGAAGAAACAGCGAGUGAGUCCCAGCUUUCCUUGAAGGCAGCGGUCCUGAGAGUGUUUGAUCUUCCUGUGUCUUGGUACUGUUCUCUUUCCCAGAUCAAAUUUUCCCCGAUAGCUAAAAAGUUGUUUGUGGUAACUGCAGUGAGUGCUAUAUCUGUAGCUUUUCUGGCCCAUCACUUUAAAAGAAGACGUGGAAAGAAGAAAGGAAAAAUAUUGCCAUGGGAACCAGAGCACCUCAUACUUGAAUACACAAAAAGAGCAGCAUCAGACAAAGGUUCAAGUUGUUCCAGUAGUCGACAGAACUUGACGUUGUCCCUAAGUUCCACCAAAGACAAAGGCUCUCAGUCUUUUCACUUUGCUAACGGAGGACUUUUCAGCAAAUACUCAGGCUCUGUGCAGAGUUUGGGCUCCGUCCAGAGUGUCAACUCUUGUCAUAGCUGUGCUUGUGGCAAUUCUAAUUCCUGGGACAAAGCAGAUGAAGAUGAUGUGAAACUUGUUAAUAUUCCUGUGACCACUCCUGAGAACUUGUAUUUAAUGGGCAUGGAACUGUUUGAAGAGGCGCUGCGGCGAUGGGAACAAGCUCUCUCCUUUCGCAACAGACAGGCGGAAGAUGAAGCCUGUGGCUCCAUUAAACUGGGUGCAGGAGACGCCAUUGCUGAAGAAAGUGUGGAUGACAUCAUUAGCGCUGAGUUUAUCCACAAACUCGAAGCUUUGCUGCAGAGAGCCUACCGUCUGCAGGAGGAGUUUGAAGCCACCCUUGGGGCGUCGGACCCAAGCUCCCUUGCUAAUGAUGUCGAUAAAGACACGGACGUCACCGUGAAGGGGAGUGGGGACGACUUUGGCUUGCGAGACACCUUGAGCGUGGCGUCCACGGACUCCUUCACUUCGGCAGCUGAGCUUGCAGAACACAGAGACGGGCGGCAUGCCUACGGCCUGGAGUCUCUCUGCCACUGCCCUUUCUACGAGGAAGCCAUGCACUUAGUUGAAGAAGGAAAAGUUUACUCAAGAGUCCUGAGGACUGAGAUGUUGGAGUGCCUGGGAGACAGCGAUUUUCUUGCCAAACUUCACUGCAUCCGACAGGCUUUUCAGGUAAUUCUUUCAGAAACAGCCAAUAGGAUAUUCCUUGCUGAGAGCGGAAGGAAAAUUUUAUCAGCUUUGAUUGUGAAAGCACGAAAGAAUCCAAAGAAGUUUGAAGAUGUUUUUGACGAAAUGAUCUACUUUUUAGAGCAGACUGAUCACUGGGAUAGUACUGAAAUGGAACUUGCUGCUAGAGGGGUGAAAAAUCUAAAUUUUUAUGACGUUGUUCUGGAUUUUAUAUUAAUGGAUUCCUUUGAAGAUUUAGAAAACCCACCCACCUCCAUUCAGAAUGUGGUAAACAAUCGCUGGCUGAACGCGUCCUUUAAAGAAACUGCGGUGGCUUCAAGUUGUUGGUCGGUGCUGAGGCAGAAGCAGCAGCAGAUGAAGAUCCCGGAUGGAUUUUUUGCCCAUUUUUAUGCCAUUUGUGAACACAUCAGCCCUGUCCUAGCCUGGGGCUUUUUGGGGCCUAGAAAUUCCCUCUAUGAUUUAUGUUGCUUCUUUAAGAAUCAAGUUCUCUUCUUUCUCAAAGACAUUUUUGACUUUGAGAAGGUGCGCUACUCGAGUCUAGAGGCGCUGGCCGAAGACCUCAUGCAGCUCCUCAGCGGCCGCACCGAGCUUCUGAUGGCCUAUCUCGGGGCGGACGCCCUGAGGCACACGAGUGGCUGCACAGGUAGCCAUGGGCCUGUCGUGUCCAGCGGGCUGCUGGAAGCCAGGGUGCAGUAGGUGGCACAGAAGCGACAGCUCCAUGUGCUAGGAAGUAUGUGAAGAAAGACGUCAUUGUCACCGUGAGCCCUGCCGACUACUUCUUGUGCAGAUCGUUGGAGGGUCUUGAGAUACCCUGGGGAAGUCGUUUUUUAAAUCUUCUUUUCUGGAAGAAAAAAGAUAAAUGUUCAAGUGACAUAUAUUUGUUUUUUGCUUUCUCUAUAUUUUUAUUUCUCUACAUUUCAAUUCAACUAAAGGGUACUUACUUAUUGAAGGUUAACAGUAUGUUUAUUAAAUGUCAAAAUGGAACUAUAUUUUAAAAAAAGAAGCCAAGUUUUCCACACUGUAAGAGUAAGCUCCAAAGAACUUUCUCAUAAAGUAAUAUUCUUUAUUUGUGUCAAUUUACUACGAUUCUAUUAAUUUGUUGAAUUAGCUGACUUAUAAAAGAUAUUCACAAUGUUUUCAUGCCUUAAGAUGUAAUAUUUUCUUUCUUUUUUUUUUUUAAGAUGUAACAUUUUCUACUUAGAUGAUUUCCAAAAAGUGAUUAUUUUCAUUACAAAAGAAUGUCUUAUUUUAUUGUUUCUGUAGGUGCAGGCAAUAGGAAUGCCAAAGUAACAUUUAAUGUACGUCUCUGUGACCUUUCAUAAUCAGAAAUUUUAAAUUAUGUUUAUAGCCCAUUGGCUUUUAUUUUAACAUGACUAUAUCUUCAGAAAUUAUGUGAUGUACAUUUCCAAGUGAUUAUAAGAAUUAGGCUGAAUUCAAAUCUUUUGGUUUUUGCUUGGAUUAAUUACAUCAAGAAAUGCAUAUGUGAGACUUAAGAGUUGAUAUAAUCUGUGAUUAAUGGACAUCCCUGCCUUGUUUCUAAUGAUUAUGUUAUUGGGUUGUUUAGUUUGGGAACAAUCAUGUAUUAGCUGCACUUGGCUGCUCUCAGUGUGUCUAUUCCCUAAAUGUGAAGACUGCACUCAUUAAUUUGUAUAAAAGUAAAACACUACAGUAGCAGAAAAAAAGAGCACAGACUUUUAGCCAAAAUAAGCACUGCGACGUGGAUGUAUUUCUAUUACUGCGAAAUAAAAAAGUGAUGGCACAUCUUGCUGA